AUGGCUUGCCACGUGUGCCACACUCGCGCCGCAGUGGAUGGUGGCGCGUGCGAUUGUUGCGAGGCCGUGCGCCGCCUCCAGCGCAUGGUGCACUCGCCGGCGCUGCCGCCAUGGCCGCCACAGCAACUUUGCUGUUCGGGGUCGCGUCCGCGUUGGCCCUCUUUGCUCAACGAGCCUCCGCGUCGGACAGACAGCAGAGAGCCGAGCAGGGAGCGCUCGCGCAGCCCGCGCCACUCGCCCGAGCCUCCGAGCCGUCGCCGUGAAGAUGGGCCGGAACCGGAGCACCGUGGUCACGAGACGAAGCCAUGGCCAUUGUGUUGGCGGCCAAGGGCUCUUCCCAUAAGGGCCGAGGCCCCGGCAAGGGCUCCGGCGAGGGGCAAAGCAGCCGCCGCUGGGGAUGAGCCAUGGCGUCUUACGAGGCCUUCUGCUGCGGGUCGGGGAGGGACGCCAACGUGUCCUUGGGCGAGCGUGCGCGUCGGAGAAGCGAGCCGCCCGGGCCCACCGGAUGAGACUACACAGGUAGGCAGGCAGCGUGAGCGGGCGUCCAGAUGGGCCGGUAACACCGGAGUUCGCCCCGCGUGCCUGGCCCCGACGCAACAAGUGCAUGGCAAAGUGGGGCCGCCAACCACCCACGGGCAAGGCACACUGUCCAGUUACGACGUGCCGCUUUUGCUUCAUGCCGCGGGGCUACUGGAGGACGAAGCAGCCCGAGCGUGGGAGUCGUUGCCUUGGUUUCGUGCCAGCCGGGCUGCCUUGGGGAACCGCCCGCGGGUGCCACUCCAGGAGCUGGAAGAAGCUGUGGCCCAGCAGGCGCGGGCAGGUGCCGGGGCCACAGACGCAGAGGCAUUCCGUAGGCCCCGCUCAGCGGCACCGUCGGCGGGCGUCCCCCUUCAGGUCGCCGUUGCCGCGCUCGCUUCCCCGGACUACUAUCUGCCAGCAAGCGCGCAAGAGGCUCUCCUUGUGUGCUAUGCGGGGGAGGGGGGAGCCGCGGCUAUCGCGCAUGGGGCCGCGGCCUUCCCACGCCCUGUUGGCGUGACAGACAACGGUGGUCUGGCUGGGCGCGACGUGGAUGCCUUGAUUGCAGGAGUCGGCGGCGGUGCGAGGACGGGGAAGACGCGGUCGGGGAGGCCGAGGGAGGGGACGGCGGAAUAA